UUUGGUAGUUAGCUUUACAUGUGGGUCUUCUUUGCAUUUCAUAGAGGCCUCAUUUUGUUGUUAACAGCAUAUUCACAGAUUCACAGAUUUUAGAUGUACAAACGAGUCUGGUAAUAAACGUCUAUUAACCUGCCUUUUCGAGGUUUAAAAAUGUUUCGCAGCAGCACAGAAGAGGUAUCAACCGGCGGGGACACCUCAGAGUGUGGACAAACCGGGGGCGUGUCCUCUAUGGACAGAAGCGGACUAAAUGAAACUACCUCGUACGGUCCCGAAUCAGCUUCCUCCGGUUCCUCCCACCAAAGUUUAUAUGAAGGCAGUAGCAGCUCCAGCCAUGGUCCAUCACUCCCCGUAAUGGCCUCAGGCCAGUUCCAUUACAGCUUCCGGAUGGACAAGACAAUUUCAUCACUCCAUGCAUAUGCCUCGGACAACUCCCCCCUCCGCAGCCAUAGAGAAACACCGAGACUAAGGAGGACCCUUGGGUCACACCCUUCAAGGACACCACUCACUGAUCCCACUGCAACAAGUUGCUCCUCUGCGACCACAACCUGUGGUGCCUCUGUGAUUGUGGCAAUGGUUGAAGGGCGAGGUUUGGCCAGGGGAGAGAUUGGCAUGGCCAGUCUCAACUUGAAAUGUCCAGAGCUUGUACUCUCUCAGUUUGCAGACACUGGGACAUACGCCAAGGUCAUAACCAAGAUUCACAUCUUGGUGCCACUGGAAAUACUGAUGCCAGACACAGCCAGUGAGAAGGGGAAAGGGACAAAGCUGUUCAACCUCAUCACAGGGAACUUCCCGGGUGUAGCCUUCACUGCUAUCCAAAGGAAGUAUUUUAAUGAGAGGAAAGGACUGGAGUACAUUCAGCAGCUGUGUGCUCCAGAAUUUGGCACAGUCCGCAUGGAAGUGCAAGCUAAGUAUUAUUGCCUGGCAGCAGCAGCUGCUUUGCUGAAAUAUUUAGAGUUCAUCCAGAACUCUGUCUAUGCUGCCAAGUCUCUCAAAGUGAGCUUUAAAGGGAGUGAACAGACGGCAAUGAUUGACUCAACAUCUGCCUCCAACUUGGAGUUGGUGGUCAAUAAUAGAGACCACAGGAGUGAGCAAAGUCUUUUAGGGGUGCUUAACCACACUAAAACACCUGGUGGUGCUAGAAGGUUGCGCUCCAAUAUUCUGGAGCCUCUGGUUGAUGUGGACACCAUCAACAUACGUUUGGACACCAUACAAGAGCUGCUCCAGGAUGAGGAGCUUUUCUUCGGCCUGAAGACUGCCAUAGGUAACUUCCUCGACAUUGACCAGCUUCUCUCUGUUCUUGUCCAAAUCCCAAAGCAAGAAACAGUUCAAAUUGCUGAAGCAAAAAUUACACAUGUCAUUCAGCUGAAACACACAUUGGAUUUGGUGCCACGGUUAAGGAUGGUGUUGAAGAACUGCAACACAGCUCUACUUAAGGCAUACAGCACCUCAUUGGAAGAUAACAGGUUUGGCAUGAUCCUAGAGCAGAUCAAGACAGUGAUCAAUGAUGACACUACCUACCUGAAGGGAAGCCUGAACAUGCGCACGCAGAAGUGUUAUGCUGUCCGCCCCAACAUCAAUGAGUUCCUUGACAUUGCUCGCAGAGCUUACACUGAGAUAGUGGACGACAUUGCAGGACUAGUGAACCAGAUUGGGGAGAAAUAUAGUUUGCCAAUGCGUACCAGCUUCAGCACCGUUCGAGGUUUCUUCAUCCAGAUGAGGCUUGAAGGAGUGGUCUUACCUGAAGGGAAACUCCCCCCAGAGUUUAUCAAGGUAACCAAGCACAAGAACAACUAUGGCUUCACUACUGUGGACCUGGUGAAGAUGAAUGACCGCUGUGAUGAGGCCCUGAGGGAGAUCUUUCACAUGUCCUAUGUGGUGAUAUGCCAGCUGCUGAGCACUGUCCAUGAGCACAUUCACUGCCUUUACAAGCUCUCUGAUGCUGUUUCCAUGCUGGACAUGUUGCUGUCUCUGGCCAAUGCAUGUACCAUCUCAGACUACGUGCGUCCAGAGUUCACAGACACACUGGCCAUCAAGCAGGGUCGUCACCCCAUUUUGGAGCGAAUGGCUGGACAGCAGGCUGUAUCGAACAAUAGCUACAUCUCCGAGGGCAACAACUUUGUCAUCAUCACCGGUCCCAACAUGAGCGGCAAGUCCACCUACCUCAAACAGGUGGCGCUGUGUCAGAUCAUGGCUCAGAUAGGCUCUUUUGUCCCUGCUGAGUAUGCCUCUUUUCGUAUUGCUGACCAGAUUUUCACCAGAAUUGGUGUGGAUGACGAUUUUGAAACUAACUCUUCCACCUUCAUGUUGGAAAUGAAGGAGAUCUCUUACAUAAUCCACAACAUAAGUGACCGAUCCCUAAUCAUCAUAGAUGAGUUGGGGCGUGGAACCAGUGCUGAGGAGGGCAUCGGAAUUUGUCACUCAGUUUGUGAGUUCCUCCUUAGCCUCAAGGCGUUCACCCUGUUUGCCACACACUUUCUUGAGCUGUGCCAGCUAGAGGCUCUCUAUCCCAACGUGGAGAACCAGCACAUGGAGGUUCAGCACACACGCAGCGGUGACACUGGGGAUGAGGGUGUGGUGUACACAUACUUGCUUAAUCGAGGAUGCUCUGAAGAAAGACACUAUGGUCUGAAAGCAGCAGAAAUGACUUCACUUCCUUCAAACAUAAUCCAAGAGGCAAAGACAAUUGCCUCCAAUGUUAGCCAGCAGCUUUUGGCCAAACAUCACAGUGAUCCGGAAACACAGAGGCAGAGAGCUGUGUACCACCUGGCUACCCGCCUCCUGCAGACUGCCAAGAACUCCAGACUGGACCCAGACAGCUUGCGUAUGUAUCUAAAGGGCCUGAAGAAGCAGUAUGAGGCGGACCUGCAGGCAGCAGGGCAGCCAGCGUCCAAUGACACAGAGGAGGAAUGACUGACUCAGCCUUACAGUGGGGAGGGGCAGUGAUACAGUUAGAAAAAUUUAAGAUCAGUGUCUGAUGAUCAUUUCUGGGCGUAUUAUGUUUAUUAUGCUUUUUUUGACAGGGUUGUUAUAUAUGGGUUGUUUGAUAUUAAAUUUACUUAUUUAAACUUAA